AUGCAUAAUAAUAAUUUAACAUACCAACAAUAUCAACAACAACAAUUAUUAAUUCAACAACAACAGCAACAAUUAUUGUAUCAACAACAAUUAUUACAACAGCAACAGCAGCAACAACAACAACAACAACAACAAAAACAAUAUAGCCAUGGUAGACCAUCGACAUUAGGUUUACCAAGUAGAAAACCACCACCAAUGCAACCCCAACCUCAACCACAAAUACAAGCACCAAUACAAUUAACAUUUCAACAACAACAGCAAUUAUUACAACAACAACAAUACCAAUUUAAUAAUAAUUUAAAUACAAUCAAUAACAAUAACAAUAACAAUAUCACAAAUAGGCAUAGUAUGGUUACUCCAUCAACAAAUUUAGGUGGAAGAUCUUCUUUAGGUCCCCCAUCUGCAAUGUUAACAAAUAAUAAUAAUAACAAUAGCAAUAUUAGAAAUACAACAUUUAUAUCAAAUAGUGGUGGCAAUAAUAAUAAUAAUAAUAAUAAUAAUAAUAAUAAUAAUAAUAAUAAUAAUAAUAAUAAUAAUAAUAAUAAUAAUAAUAAUAAUAUAAUUAAUAAUAAUAAUAAUAAUAACAUUCAUACCCAAGUACAACCUAAAAAAUCAAUUGCACCAAGUAAAUCAAAUACAAUAUCAUCAAAUACAACAACAACAACAACAGCAGCAUCAUCAUCAUCAUCAUCAAAUCCAUCUAUUACAUUAAGACAAGAAACUAGACCAGUUAAUGAUAGUAAAUUUCAAUCACAAUGUUUAUUAAGACUUCAACAAUUUUUAUCACAAAGUGAAAAAGGUUAUCCAAGAGCAAUUACAAAGGAUAAUCUUAUGAGUGAAAUUAAUGGCUUAAUGAAAUUCCUUUGUCUUCAUAUUGAUCCACAUUUUAAAUUACCAACAGAGAAACCAGAGGAAGAGAUUAUAUCAUUCUUUAAGAUGAUGGGUUAUAGAUCGGCUGGUUUUACAAAACGUGUUUUCAGUCAAGUUGGUAAUGCUCAUACAAGAGGUCAUCUAUUGGGUGCUAUCAUUUGGAUGGUUGAAUUGAUUGAAUAUGAUCAAAUCAUUCGUCAAAUGGAUUCCCACAUUGAAAGGGAAAUACUUAAUGGUAAUACAAUCGAUGAGAAUGGUAACCUCACCACCACUACCUCUGCCACCAACACCAAUGAAGAUGGUAAUUUCAAUUUAACCACUCAAAUAUUUUCAAAACAUGUUUUUAAAUCUUAUGAAGCAUUUUUAAAAGGUGAUGAUGGUAAUCAUGUUGAUCAAUUUUUAGAAGAGAAAUUCAAUGAAGUCAAUGAACUAAUAGUGAAAGAAUGUGAAGAAUCAAUGGAGAGACAAAAAAAGAUAAAACAAGAGAUUGUAAAUCUAACACAAUAUAUAACCAAUGAUGAUAUCGAUCAAUUGAAUUUUAAAUUGGAACAAACCAAUCAAGAAAUCAUUGCAACACAUGAUCUUAUCAAUGAUAAUGAACUUGAGGAUCAAAAAUUGGAUCAAGAGAUUGACCAAAAUCAAACUCACUUUCAAGAAUUGGAAAUUCAACAAAAAGAACACCAAAAAAAAAAACAAGAAUUUGAAUCACGUAUACAAAUUCAACAAUCAAACUCUGUAGAUGCAAAACGAAUCAAUCAAGAAACAUUUGAACUCAAAGAAGAACUCGAUAAAGUUCAACGUGAACAAUCUAGACAUGAUCAAUUAAAACAAGAGAAAUCAAAAGAAAUUAAACAAUCAAUUAAUGAAAUUGAAAAAUUAAUUCAAUCAUAUAAAGAAAUUUGUUGUAAAGCUUCAUUAGUAACUAAUGAUAAUUUAAUAAUUGAAAAAUAUAGAAUAAUAUUUACUCAUACUUUAAAUAAUAACAAUAAUAAUAAUAAUACCAAUAAUAGUAGUAUUUUAAAUAUUUCAAAUAAUAUAAUUAAUAAUAAUAAUAAUAAUAAUAAUAAUAAUAAUAAUAAUUAUGAAGAAGGUAUAAUUUCAAUUUCAGAUUUAAAAUUAGUUAUUAAAAAUUUACAAGAAUUAAAUUUAGAAAUCUCUCAAAAUAUUUCAAAAAUUAAACAAGAUUUAUUAAAGACAAGUAAUUUAAAUGAUAUUCAAAAGGAAUCAAUUAGUGAUAAAGAAUUGGAAUUGGCAAGAAUUAAACAAAAACAUGAUAAACAAAAGAAUAUUUUAAAACAAGAGAAACAAGAUCAAACUUUUGAUAUAACUCAACGUGAAGAAAAUAUUGAACAAUUGAAAUCUUCAAAUAAGAAAUUAAUUGAUGAUGGUGUUCGUGAACUUGAAAAAACAAUUCAAUUAUUAGAAUCACAACGUGAAGAACAUUCUCGUUUAAAAAUUGAUUUAAAACAAUCAUCUGAACAAAUGAAACUUCAAUAUUUAAAAAGAAUUGAAAGAUUUAUUUCUCAUCGUCAAUUAAUUGGUUCUCAAAUUUUUGAUACAUUACGUCAAAUGGAAGAAUUAUCAUUAACUCAAAAAAUUUUAUUCCCUCCUCCACCACCACCACCACAAUUAUCACAACAACAUCAACAAUUAAUGCAACAACAACAUCAAAAUAACACCAUUGAUAUUGAUGAGUAA